GUGACAGCUCUCUACAAACCUUGGGUAAUAAUAACACACGAAAUCGUACCUUUCCUUGGAGAUUUGUUUUGAUAUCACGAAAGCAGCUUCGGACGCAGCAGAAAGCAGCCAUCGAAUACGAAAACAUCGCUUCCUACUUGAGAACUUCCGGCAGUUUCCACGCGCCAUGGUAAUGUUGCGUUCGGUGCUUUCCACCGCACGACGUGUUCCGUUGAUCAAAUUCCGCAAGGGUGGCCCUUUCCUGGAGGCGGCCAGUCACACGGCGGGCGGUGCAACCGGUUCUGCCGCUACCACAGCAGCUCCAGCGCACGCACGAUCCGUGUCGUCGGGAGAGGCGAUCGAAGAAUGGCAGCUGCCGGCACGCUACCGCAGGAAACCGAUCGAUGACGUCGAGAUGGAAUGGAUCAACCGUGGUGGACCGCCGGCUUAGACGUGGGAUGACGGUUGCGGCGUGCGUAAUCUCCCCCCAGCCAUCCUCGUGGCGGAUUCGUGCGAGAUGGGGGGGCACGUGCGUUCCCUAGUCAGUAAUUGAAAGGCGGCAGGCGCAGUGGCAGCAGAAACAACAUUUACGUGGCCCUAGUAGUUUCUUAAAAGCGAUGUGUAUUUUACGGCACACGGAUUGUCCCGGAAUUGGAACUGCUACCGAAAUUGGAAAGUAAGUUACACCCAACAACAACAACAACUGGCGGCUCUACUUGGCAGAAUGUGCAUUAGGCUGUGGUGAUCACCUUCCUCCAGAGUAGAGCAGUUGAGGCAUGCUUUCGUGAAACAAUAAAUAUUCUAUCGAUAUCGAGAAUGGUGCUAAUAUUAACGAACGUUAA